UCACCUCUCAUCACAUUUGUAGGAAAACAGUAAGGAGAUGGAGGAGAUGGAGGAGAUGGAGGAGAUGCCGUACUCAGACAAUUGCAGUGAUCUAACUACAUUCUGGGAUAGACACCGAAGAACCUGUGUUCCUUGUGAAAGAAAACCUGGACAUGAAGUUAACCCUAAUUGUGGACGCGACGAUGAAGGUGGGAUCCACCAGGCAGUCUUCAGAAAAUGCAAACCCAACACUUUCAACAACGGGACCUCAUUUUACUGUCAGAACUGUUCCCUCUGUCCUCCUGGCAGUUCUGUACUGAAAUUGUGUACAUUAACGUCUGACACCAUUUGUCAGGAAAGAAGUAGAAACGAGUUGACAACAGUGGCUUUCUCGAAAUCUGCAGACACUCUUGCCGCCACAACGUCAUUCAGCCCUGCAGCAACGACAACGACAUACAAUACAGCCAUCAGUCAGGAUAAAGGAAGUCCGCAGACUACUGCUCUGUGUGAGUUACAUACACUUGAGUCUCCAUUUUUUGUUGCCAAAAUGGAACUUAAAAUCUUCUUGUUGUUUUUUGAAGGGGCAGUACCAAUAAUAAUCAUCUUUGUCAUCCUGCUGGCUGCUGCUGUUUGUGCUUUGAAACUGAAAAAAAGAAGAGGUCUGUUAAAAAGCGUGUGCUACAAAAGAAGAACAUCGUAUAAGAAUGAAGGUUUUAACCCCAUCUCUACCCCUGGCACCAACAGCGAGGAGGUGGAGGACAUUCUCAAUGACAAAAUCCUGUCAGCACCUUUACACACAGUUCUGGAUGAUCUUGAUGUUUUGGAAGAGUUGGUGAUUCUGCUGGAUCCAGACAUUCAGGGAAUAAAGAACACAAAGCAUCUGGCAUCUUACUGCUCCUUCCCCUCUACCUGGAUCACUUACGCUUACUCCAUGAAGGAGAGUAAAAGCCCCCUGAAAGCUGUGCUGGAGGGGGUCACCAGCAAACAGCCUGACUGGACUGUGGGCCACCUGGCCAAUCUGCUCAGACAAAUGGAUCGCAAUGAUGCCAUCGCUGUUCUCGCAAAACUCCAACCCAGUCAUUUUCAUUAUUUUUAAAUCUAACUUUACAUGUUCAGUGGAGAAAAAAAAAUCCUAUGUUUGAGAAGUACUUUUUGGUUUUUCCCAUUAUUUCUUCACUUUUUAUGAAGUAGUAAUCAGUAAUCCAUGACUUAUGUUUCUCUGGCCUACAAUUACGAUGUGACAGAGACCCCUUUCUCUUGCUUUCAAUUCUUGUUAAAAGUGAGAAAAAAAGAUAAGAGAACAUGCUGUUCAUGGGAGGCAGACGUGUUUUGAUCUUCAGAAAUCUGGACAUGGGUAAAGGAAAGUCUACUGGUACUAAAAGCAAUUAUUAUAAUGCUUAAAACAUCUGGAACUGUAUCACACAAAGCCAAAGGAGGACCAAAGUUUGUCUUGGAAGCACACAGAGUAAGCAGGGUGUGGAACGGAGGGGACAAAACAAGUCUUUAUAGUUCAUGGUUUAGUUUUCUCUGCCAGAAAAUGGGUCUUAAACAUUAUUGGGGAACACCCGAUUUAAUGUCAAAGUACAUUUCUGAACAUGUUUUUUUCCACUUAAUGAAUGUUGCCAAAUCAGUGGUGAGAUUAUUGCCCUGCAAAUAAACAGGAAUUUAAGGCUUGUUUAAGGUCUUAACCACAUCGCCAAAAACACUGGGUUGCUGAAACCCUUUGCUUUCGCCUUUUUUUGUGUGGCUUCAGUUACAGCCUACAGGAAUGCAUGAUUGUUUUCAUAAUGAGCAGCUCAGGUUAGUUUUUUUAAAACACGUUCACUUCUAUAUACGCUCAAGCAAUAACUACAGUGUACAAAGAAUGUAAAACAGUACAUUUCAUUCCAUUAUCUUUGUGUGUUUGGGAUGUCAUAUUGUAUGUCACAAUAAACAAUAAAAUAUGUUCAAACAUCUUAA